UAUAUUUUUAUUUGAUAAAUAGAUUUUAUUUGGUUGAAAUUACUUUAGAACAAAUAUUGAUUCUACUACGAAAAUGAAUUAUAGCUCUGCAUUUACAAAUUCCUGGCUUCAAAAUGGCGGAUGAAGCUCUAGCAAAAGCUGGACUACAUUUUGAUGAAUUAAACAAGAUCAGGGUGCUGGAACCAGAAGUUCAACAGCAAACUACAGAAUUAAAGGAAGAAUGCAAAGAUUUCGUAGACAAGAUGUCAGAGUUUCAGAGCAUAGUAGGCACGUUCAUAGGAAUGGUUGAUACUGUGGCAUCAGAAGUCGAAAAGGAGAAAAUGAAGGCUAUUGGAUCUCGAAAUCUUCUCAAGUCUAUAACGAAACAGAGAGAGGCCCAACAACAACAGUUACAGGCUCUUAUUACUGAGAAAAAGAUGCAACUUGAGAGACUCCGAGUGCAGUAUGAACAUUUACAAAAAGAGGAAAGUGAACAAAAUGACUUCAUUGAACAGUUUAUUCUGCAGAAAUAAUCAAGUGUAUAUUUUAAAAAAUGCAUAUAUUAACAGCAGAUUCCAUCCAAGAAAAUCCACAUCGUGACAAGAUAUCAGUUGGAGAUGUUUGUGAAAUACUGUAGUUGGUUUCAUUGUUAAAGAAGUAACUGUUUGUGCCAUCCGUCAACUGUUAAUUAUCACAGUAAGUCAAAAAGGUGAGAAAGGAUUAUGUGGUAUUCUUUUGUGUGUAGAAUGUAAAAGAAAAUAUUCAGUAACUAUCAAUAUUAAAUUGUUUUCUGAAAAUGUCAAGUCAUUUAACUAUCCAUGGUUUAAAGUGAUAACAGUAGGCCAGCACAAGGGAUAGGUAACAGAUGAGAUCUCUGUAAAAGUUUAUUUUAACAUAAAAUCAUAUCUAUUGAAAAGCUCUGAAAACAUUUGCCUAGUUUUUAGGUUCAUGAAACUGAAAUUGGAAAUAUGAUCUGUUGAAGAAGUAUGUGUGAAUAAAAUAAUUGUACAUAUUCAACUGUACAUAUUGUAUAUACAUCAAAAUAAUUGUUGUAGCUCUUUAUUACAUUUCUUUUUUUUAUUUGUCAUGUUGAUUGUAAUAUUUUAAACAUCUGUUUUGUCCACACUUCAUUCCAUAUUAUUUUAUUCAAUCAUUGCACAUUAAUUCAUACAGUAGAACCUGUUAAGUGGAACACCUCUGU